GUCCUGUCCUGUCUAUUCGCGAGUCCGAUCGGCGAUCGAGUACGCCAUGAGCCAAAUCUUGUAAGAGGGAGUGUGAUUUGUUUUCAAUUUUACCAAAAUAUCAAGACUUUUUGUUUGAAAAUGUCAUCAGCUGGUUCCAGCGGGUCGGGCCGUGGCAGAGGCGGUCAGGCCGCAGUGGGCGACCAAAAGGAAGCUAAAGAGAGCAAACCAAACCCAAAAAUGUCAAAAGCCCUUGGUACUUCUGCCAAGAGGAUUCAGAAAGAGCUGGCUGAAAUCACCUUGGAUCCUCCACCAAAUUGCAGUGCUGGGCCCAAAGCUGAGAAUUUCUAUGAGUGGGUGUCUACUAUCUUGGGGCCUCCUGGAUCUGUAUAUGAAGGAGGUGUGUUUUUCCUGGACAUACAUUUUUCUCCUGAGUACCCCUUCAAGCCUCCAAAGGUUACUUUCCGUACUAGGAUCUACCACUGCAACAUCAACAGUCAGGGGGUGAUUUGUCUAGAUAUUUUGAAGGACAACUGGUCACCAGCUCUAACUAUCUCUAAAGUUCUACUGUCAAUUUGUUCCCUGCUUACAGAUUGCAACCCAGCUGAUCCACUGGUUGGAAGCAUAGCCACUCAAUACCUGCAAAAUAGAGAAGAGCAUGACCGCAUUGCACGAUUGUGGACCAAGCGUUAUGCUACGUGA